AUGGAGCUCCAGGAAGGAGUUGAACUCUGCUUUCCACAACUCCUCAACACCUCCUGCAGGAAACCGAUGCAGCCUCGUGCUGAGACUGUAUUCCUUAACAUCUUGCUGUCCUCCAUUUCUCUGCUCACUGUGUCUCUCAACCUGCUGGUCAUCAUCUCUAUCUCCCACUUCAGGCAGCUCCACACCCCCACCAACCUACUGCUUCUCUCUCUGGCUGUGUCAGACUUCCUCGUUGGCCUCCUGCUGAUGCCUGUUCAGAUCCUCCUUAUAGGGGGCUGCUGGUUUUUGGGGACCUUCAUAUGUGGUCUUUUUUAUUAUGCCUCUUUUAUCCUUACAUCUGCCUCAGUAGGAAACAUGGUCCUCAUAUCAGUUGACCGAUAUGUGGCCAUUUGUGACCCUCUGUGUUAUCCCACAAAAGUCACUCUGACAAAAGUCAAAAUCUGUGUUUGUCUGUGUUGGGCCUGUUCUGUGCUCUACAACGGACUGAUACUGAAUGACUUUCUGAAACAUCCAGAUAGAUAUAAUUCCUGCUAUGGAGAGUGUGUGGUUGUAAUUGACUUCAUAACAGGAGCUGUUGAUGUCACGUUGACCUUUGUUGGCCCCAUUGCUGUCAUAAUAGUUCUUUAUAUGAGAGUAUUUGUGGUGGCUGUGUCUCAGGUUCGAGCCAUGAGGUCCCACAUUGCAGCUGUCACACUUCAGGGUUCAGUGAGUGUAACUGCAAGGACGUCUGAGAGAAAAGCUGCCAGAACUCUUGGUGUUGUCGUACUUGUGUUUUUAAUAUGUUUCUGUCCAUAUUUUUAUCCCUCUCUCGCAGGCCAGGACAUGUCAACCAGUGUUGCAUUUUCAAUAUUUGGGGUCUGGCUGCUCUAUUGUAACUCUUGUCUAAAUCCAAUUAUCUAUGCUUUUUUCUACCCCUGGUUUAGGAAAUCUAUUAAACUCACUGUUACUCUAAAGAUACUGCAGCCUGACUCCUGUGAUGUCAACAUACUGUAGAGAUAUUAGUAGAGUGACUCAAAUGAGGGAAGUGUGCGCUCCGUAUUCAGUUGUGUUUUAGCGCAGCAGACUCCUUCAGCACAUCAUCACCAAGUUUUUUUUCAAGAAGAUUAAUGACAGUGAAAUGUUGUUCAUGUCUUUGUGUCAAUGAAUUCAACAACUGUACAUUAGCUGUAUAAAAGCAUGAUUGUAUACAUAUUUAUUUAUUCAUUUUUUGCUAAAAUAUCCUGAACCAUCAUGACUCAGUUAUUUAUUCUGUGUAAGUGACCUAACCUACCUGACGAAUGGUGAAAUGUUUUGUCAUCACGUUGUUGAAUUUG